AUGGAGCCCGCCUCGCUCUCGUUCGGCCAAAGCUCUUUCCAAACACUCCACUUCUUUCCAGAAGGAGUGCACGAGCUUCAUCUAAGUGGGCCGCCCAAGCCACGCAAACAACGACACCUGCCUGCUCUGUCACGGGCUCCGGUUUUGACGGCAACCACUGCAGGGUCUGUGGCGCGCAAUUUGUUCUUCACCACCAUUGCCCGCCUUGUGAUCGUCUGCAACCAGGACUCCGGAAGAAUGCGCAAAUCCUGGAGAAGACCAUGCCACCAAUCCAAGUCUGGACACGCUUGGCCCCAGAACUGGGACACGUCUUUGGAAGAAGUCAUCAAGCCCGAGAUCUGAGUAAAUGGCUCUUUCAGCGUAUAGAGCACUCAAGCUUCUGCUAAGCACAAACGGCAACCGGUCGUAUGUACUCCUGAGCUUUGACUACCAUAGCCGCCGCAGAGUAUGCCGAGAACGUGCUGCUAAACAUCGUAGCGUGUUAUGCGAGGAGCCGAGUACGUAAUGAAGAGCCAUGGUGGCAUUGAAAGUCAGAAACUAGUCGCAAAAGUCCACUCCAACAGCGCUCAACAACAUCCCAGGGUAAAGACCAAGAGGCAAAUCUCGUGAGCUGGGGCGCUUGCAGCCUCCCAGCUACGGCCGUUGUCUUGCCGCUAAUCAACUACACAUGCUGAUUUGCCUAUACCUCCUCGGAGUUCCCGCCAUCUUCGACACUUGAUUUUACGUCCGGAAGAUGCACGCAUGUGAAAGACUCGGCUCAACCGUCACUGAUGAGAACUAACUGUGGUGCCGUAGUAUGAUUAUCAUUCCAUUAUAUUUC